CCUCCGCGGCACCUGGCCUCGGCCGAGCGAGGCAGUUUGGCCGGUGAGGGCAGCCUCAGCACGCCACCGGAUGCGACUGCUGAACCUGUCGCUGCUGUCCCCGCCGCCCCGCGCGCUGUGACCCACGACCCCAGAUCCUUUUGGCUCGGCCCGCGCGCCCCAGGUCCGGUCUGGGCGGCGCGACGGGAGGAUGAGCGGCGGGCGGCGGAAGGAGGAGCCGCCUCAGCCGCAACUGGCCAACGGGGCCCUCAAAGUCUCUGUCUGGAGUAAGGUGCUGCGAAGCGACGCGGCCUGGGAGGACAAGGAUGAAUUUUUAGAUGUGAUCUACUGGUUUCGACAGAUCAUUGCUGUGAUCCUAGGUGUCAUUUGGGGAGUGUUACCUUUGCGAGGUUUCUUGGGAAUAGCAGGAUUCUGCCUGAUCAAUGCAGGAGUCCUGUACCUCUACUUCAGCAACUACCUACAGAUAGAUGAGGAAGAAUAUGGUGGCACAUGGGAGCUCACAAAAGAAGGGUUUAUGACAUCUUUUGCCUUGUUCAUGGUCAUUUGGAUCAUCUUUUACACUGCCAUCCACUAUGACUGAUGGUGUAUAGCUCACUGUCUGGUCCAAAGGACCCUCUUAGUUACAGCACAGAAACAUGAUUGUAGGGGCAUCCCAGCCACGUGGAACCUGGAAGACCCAUGUUUCCUGGACCAAGAAUCAUUAUGUUGGGCAUGUUUUCUGCAAGGGUUGUGACCUAAAACUUUUUAAAGAACAAUCUACCUUUUGGGGAAGCAUUUCUGAAUUGUCCAUCACCAACUUUUCUUCUUGGAUAUCAUCAUGAAACACCUCUCUGCUGACUGGAGCUGUCAUUUAAUUUGCUGCACCUCUGGAUCUGGAUGAAAUAUUAAAUUGUCUUCCUCACUUCUCCACCAGGUGUACAGUUUUUAAACUAUCAGUGGCAUUUCAAGUCUCCUGAAAACAGUAUGGCAGUUAUGUCCGUAGCACAGUACAGGCAGCAUCGAAUAACAGUUCCCGUUGUAGAAUGUUUUCAGAUACUUGAAUAAAUCGAUCUUUAAUUGAGAA